AUGGAUUUUGAUCAGCAAAAAAACAAAAUAAAUGCAAAUCUUUUCUGUUAUUAUUUUAUAGAACAACUACCACUUCCUUUUGUCAUCGAUUCCAACACUACAUGGAAACAAGAUGCGUCGACUGUCGCUGGCGGACAUGGCCUAGGAAAUGGAACAAAUCAACUCAAUCAUCCCUACAGUGUCUAUGUCGAUGAUGAUAAUAAAAAUAUAUAUAUUAGUGACCAGAACAACCACCGUAUUGUCAGAUGGGGAUUCAACAAGAUCAAUGGUGAAGUUGUUGCUGGUGGAAAUGGAGAAGGAAAUCGGAUAAAUCAGUUAAAAAAACCGUCAGAUGCCAUUUUGGAUAAAAAGAGUAAUUCUCUUCUUAUUUGUGAUUUUGGAAACCGUCGAGUAGUAAAAUGGUCUCGUCAAGAUGACACAACAUCACAACUAAUAAUAAUUCCUUUUAUUGGUUGUUGGGGUUUGGCAAUGGAUAAUAAUGGUGACCUUUAUGUUUCUGACUUGUUGAAUGAUGAAGUCAGUCGCUGGAAAGAAGGAGAAGCGAAGGGAAUGAAGGUAGCAGGCAAAAGUCGAAAUGUAGAUCCGACUAAUCAGAUAUACAUUUUUGCUUAUAUUUUCGUCGACGAAUAUUAUUCAGUUUAUGUAGCGGAUAGGAAGUUUGGUGAAGCGAUGGAAUGGAAGAAAGAUGCAAAAAAUGGAACUAUUGUUGCUCAUGGGCAUAUGAGCGAGAUGUUGCCCGACAUUCCACCUCGUCUUGCAGGAAUAAUUGUUGAUCGUAUGGGUAACAUUUACGUAUCUGAUGUACUGACAUGUCAAAUAACACGCUGGUUACCAGGCACAAGAUUCGAUGGUACUGUUGCUGGCGGAAUGGGAUGUGGUAACGGAACCCGACAGAUUAAGUUUCCUGCUGAUUUAUCGUUUGACCGACAAGGUAAUCUUUAUGUUGUUGAUCAGCUCAAUAAUCGUGUACAAAAAUACGCUGUGGAACUGGAUUGA